CAUCCGUGACUAGUUAGUGUGCUAAAAAAUCCUAAAGAAAAUAUUGCAAGCCCUUAUUGUUCACUACUUAUGGCCUAUGGCAGAUUUUGAGAAAAGAUUUAUUGUUCUUCACGUUUUGAUGGUCACAACCUGAGUUUGAAAUUCAACGCCUCAUUUAAAGUUUAACAGAUUUUAUAUUGUCUUGAAAAUUUCACUCAUAUUUCAGGACAAGUAAAAUCAAUUUAACAUAAUGAGCAGCAGACGCCCAAGAAGAUCACGAAUUUACGAUUCAAAUUAUAGUAUUGGUGAAAAUUAUUACAAAUCAGCACUAGAUAGCUUAGAUGCCAAAUAUUCACGACCAUCGUCAUUUCUGGUGCGACAUUCAGAACCACCAGCGGUAUCCCCAACACGUCCUCGUAUCAAUUUCGCUGCAGACUUAGACGAAGAUUUGGAAAUCGCAAGAGACCGCGCUUCAGACGUUAUUCGACAUGAAACUGUUUUGGAUCACCACUCUGGUCGUAAGGCUCUCGCACUUGAAGGGAACUUUGAUAAUCAGGUUCAAAAAACGUUGGAUCGUAUUCAAGCAUCAAAGAAAUUGUUAAAUAGCAUCGAUCUUGAAAAUGGUUACGAUAACAACGAAUCUGCAUCAUCUUCAAAGAUUAUUAAAAAGCGUUCAGUAAAGGUUGUGAGUGACAUUUCAAGUUCAUCUGCUGCACAAAAAACAUCCAAUGAUUUGACGAAAUGGUCAAAAUCAACAGAUUAUAAUGACUCUGAAUCGUUUGCUGCUGCAAGAGCACGUCAGUCAGCUGCUCGCUUGCAAGAUAUUGAACAAGACAUGCUUGAACGUUCGGAAAGACAAUUUAAACGUGAACAAAGAGCUGCAAAUGUCAAGAAACUGUUAGCUGAUGCUACAAGUGACUUUGACACUGACGAUGCAAUUAUGAAUGGAAUAGACAAGACGGGAGAUAAAGUAAUUAAAAUUUCAGAAAUUCCCGAGCAGCAGACACAACAAAAUGUUUCAUCAAAUACUUCAUCUGAUGUGGAAGAUCACUUUGUGGAUCAAAUUUAUCAGAUAAUUGAGUUCUAUAAGCAAGAAGAUCCUGUUGGGUUGCCUUUAAUUCCACUGAAAGAUCCAAUGAAUGUUGAUGAUAUUGAACAAAGCAUUUCGAUGACGAAGCUGAGAAUGACUAAGACCAAGUUAUCAGGUAUAACAAAGUUUCGCAUCACGUACAUUGAAACUCAAGUGAAAGAUCUGAAAGCAAAAUGUGGAAUUUUAUUCGAGCAAUUGACUUUGAAAGGAGAUUAUGUUUUGAGUAGCUUCAUGUCAAGAUCAAAAGGUCCGUUUACAAUUUUAUUAAAAAAUGUUGUUGUUGAAGGAAAUGCUGCAAUUGGAGUGGAACGUGAUGGCAAAUUGAGAACACAAGAAAUAUUGAUGGAUAUAAAAUUUGCAGACAUGGCAAUGGAUUUCAAGAAUUUGGGAUUUCUUGCAGCUGUUUUUCAAAGUCUUGCAAAUUCGGCGUCGAACGUUAUUUUCGAUAGUAUUAAACCAACAAUACUGAGAGAUGCUUACGAUAAAAUAAAACAAAACAUUGAUGAUCAACUUUUGAAUUUUAUUGGAGAUAAUCAAAUACCAAACUCAAUAAGUCCAAUAGAUAAUGCAAUUGCUGAAGCUCGAAGACAAGUCAGAGCGAAAGGUUUUGAUCCGUUUAAAAUGGAAGAUUAUGUUUAUCCUGGAGUGAUUGGAAUGAAAAUCUUCAACACCUGGGUGUAUGGAAUAUCAUCUUUUUAUAGACUCGGCGAAAUGUCACUUAAAAUGAGAAACAACAAUGCAACAAUAACGGUGGCGAUAGGAACACAAGAAAUAUCUGGAUCAGCCAAGUGGGAAGUUUCAAUUGCUAAAGGAAUGAUAACAAGAGCUGGAAAUCUUCGCUUCACUGUUCAACACAUCAAAGUACUUUUUGUAGUGUCGCAACCAUUGAAUCUCAGCAAGAGACUUAAAAUCAACGAUUUACAGCUAGACAUUGGAAAUAUUCAAGUGAGAAGUGAUGGGCUGGGAACUGCUGAUUAUCUUGUCGAAUUCUUUAUCAACAUUAUUCCUAAUUUACUUCGCUAUCAAAUUAUGGACGCUUUAGAAAAGCCCAUAAUGAGGAAAAUUCAAGAUUUUACUGAUAAAAUUGACAUGGAGACAUUAGUUAAAGAUAAGCUCGAAGAAUAUCAUAAAACUGGAGAAAUCAAAAUAAAUUUGAAUAAACUUGAAUUAUAAAUUACGACA